AGAAAUAAAACCUCAACAAUAUUCCAAAAUGUCUGAGCAGAUUAAUAGUUGACCAAAAGAAUGCAUUGUGAUGGAAGUGGAUUCAUGUGUGGAGUCAUAAGGACGUCGUUAGCCAGGCAGACACGGGACAAAGAAGUUCUCGUUUCCUAACAUAUUUCAAGUGACGGAACUGACAUCAUAUCCGGAACCUUCGAUGCGGGGACUAUUAUAUGAUUGGACACAAACAUGGACGAUGUACCAGCAAACGCAAACGAACACUGUCCAGGAACAAGAAGUGAGAAGGCAGGGAAGACUUCAUCAUGUCAGGGCUGUCCCAACCAAAAAUUGUGUGCUUCUGGAGCUACCAAAGCCCCAGACCCAGCCAUUAAAGAAAUCGGAUCAAAACUGUCUACGGUCAAACACAAGAUCCUUGUCCUAUCCGGUAAAGGAGGUGUGGGAAAGAGUACAUUCAGCGCUCACUUGGCCCAUGCCUUGGCAAGUGAUGACACCAACGAGGUUGCCCUAUUGGAUGUAGACAUUUGUGGUCCAUCAAUUCCUCGAAUCAUGGGGUUGGAGGGAGAGCAAAUACAUCAGAGUGGGUCAGGCUGGUCCCCAGUGUAUGCAGAAGACAACCUUGCUGUCGUGUCUAUUGGCUUCCUGCUUGGUGGUCCUGAUGAUGCUGUGAUCUGGAGAGGACCCAAGAAAAACGGAAUGAUCAAACAGUUUCUGAGGGAUGUGGAUUGGGGCGAACUGGAUUAUCUCAUUAUUGACACGCCUCCAGGCACAUCUGACGAGCACCUAUCAAUUGUGCAGUACCUAAGCUCCACCAACGUGGAUGGAGCAGUCAUAAUCACCACACCACAGGAGGUGUCUUUGCAAGAUGUUCGAAAGGAGAUCCGCUUCUGCCAAAAAGUCAAACUGCCAAUCAUCGGCGUAGUGGAAAACAUGAGUGGCUUUGUGUGUCCAAAUUGUAAGAACACAUCGCAGAUCUUCCCUCCCACCAGCGGGGGCGCUGAGACAAUGUGUGCAGACCUUAAUCUGCCCCUGCUCGGAAAAGUGCCUCUCGACCCACGGAUAGCAAAAAGCUGCGAUGAGGGCAGGUCUUUCCUCAACGUGAUACCGGACUCGCCUGCUGCUGAAGCCUACGAGAGAAUUGUGCAAAGCAUCAAGAACUACUGUUCCACCCACGGCACAGAUGAGCAGAAGACAGUGUGAAGCUGCUUUUAUGCCAGUCCUGUUGAAUCAGAGCUAAGACAUCAUUCCAUUAAAAUACACACCUAGAAUAGAUUUCUCACAGCCAUAUUAUUUUUUGAAAAGUGAAUACGCUAUCAUGUAUGUUGUCUGAAUUAGAAUUUGUGGAUGGCAGAGUUAGUACUCAUAAUACAAUAAGAUGCUUAAAAUGUAAAGAAGGGAUAAUUAAAGAAAAGACUGCAAAGUAAAUUAAUGUAACAAUUAUGAAAAUAACAUUGUCGUUUUUAAUUUC